AUGUUGUCGCCGUGUAUAGACGGAUUCGACCGUAUCGGCGAGUUGGGCUUUCGGGUCGACUACAUUUCCCGACAAGCCGACACUUUUGCAGGAGCCUCGGAACCGACGCUUCCCUUCUAUCGAUGUCCCUCCUCAGCUGGUGUUCCUUCCUUUCGAGACCUCGUGCUUGAAGCACUUCACAGUUCAACUGGAUCCUUCCGAAAAGCUCCAUUAGCUGCCGAAAUGGCCAGUGCCCAGUUGACUCCUGAGGCAAUGUCCUCCACAACGGACCAUCCACAUGUGAUCGCAUGUACACAAGAAUGCAUUAUCGAAAUAGAAGUCGCAAGAUCUUGCCAUAUGCGUACAAUUCGAAAGAACUUAAUGCAUUUUGGCAAGCAUGCCCAAGUUGAGUUUCAGAAGAGAGGUGGGAAAGAUUCUCGAAUUGGCCUGAGCUGGGCUGAUGGGCUGGCGGAUAGACAAAUUGUCGGGCCAUCUUUAAAUAGGCGCUCAAAUUGGUUUUUUGCAAAAGGACGCCGAAACGGCAGACAAGAUAUGCGUCUGGUAUCUUGCAAUCUUGCUAAUGCGUCUCCCUUAGCCAAACCCGGCGUUAAGCCUUGA